AUGAAACGCGCAAGCAAAAGGAAAGCCGAGGAACCUGGGCCCUCAGACGAACCCAACCCGAGCUCCUCUCAUCGUCCCAAGUCUCGACGGCUAUCAAGCAAACGGCCUCGAGAACCUGAGCAGCACGAUCCUGUUCCGUUGCGUGCGCCUUCUCCGGAUCCUCCCGCAUCUGACGGUCACCCGGAAGAAGCACCUACUACCCCAGAACCCACAGAGCCCGCACACCCAGCGGAUGAGGAUGAUGAAGACGAGCCAACGAUACAGCAAUCCACUCAGCUCCUGGUGGACUCCGCCCUCGAGUCGUUUGGCCUCGUCAUCAACACCGUGCUCCACGCCGUGAUCUGCAUAAGCUGCGAGGCCGUCGUACCUUUGCACACAAUCGGAGGCCACAUCAAUACGCACGGAUUCCUCAAAACCGCCCUCGACGACGUCAUACCGGUUCUCCAGCAAAAGCACGACCUCGUCCCUGAUCACCCUCCCGUCCCGACCCAGAUCGUCGAAGCUUUCGAAGGCAUUCAGACCGUCAGCGGAACUCCUUGCACCUUCGACGGCUGCCUAGUCCACAGAACCAGCGGCGACUCGCUCCGCGGUCACUUCAACACAGCGCACAAGGGCUCCUCCAGGCCCAGGUUCAAAGCGGCCACCGCCACUUGGAGACCAUGCCAGCAAUUCACUCACGCACCCGGUUCCGACCGCAACUUGUUCCCCGUCGUACCUCGCGGCCAUCUCCCGUCUUCCUUUCGUCAUCCCGCCUUGGAGCAGUUCGACCGACUCCAAGACGCCCACACCAACGAACUCGCCAUCGCCAACGCCACCCAAGCGACGCAUCCCUUAUUCCGCAGCCUCAAAUGGGACAUUCACAUCGAAGGCUGCAGUCCGAAGCACGUCGUUAACGCCAUCCAGGCCCACACGAUUUGGAAAGAGCUCAAGCGCCACGUCCAUGGGUACUUCGCCGUUUGCGAGUCCAACUUGGACAAGAUCGACGAUCGGGUCAAUCAACGGCUGAUCAGCGAGGACCCAGAGAGGAUACCCCUUUCCCGCCAACGGCUGAAAGUCCACCAGUCCGAGGCCACCCUCGCCAGAUACGAGCACGUCGCCGUCUCGCUCAUCGGCUACCUCCACGCCGACAAGCCCGGAUUUCCUAACCAUCCUCCACACCCAGCCUUCGUCACCACCCAUACCGAACGGCUCUUCGAGUCCAUCGAGGCCGAUGCGUCCGCAAGCAUCAUCCACGAUCGCAUCCACGCUCUCCUCUUGGCCUUAUGGACACAUCCCUGGCCCUCUUCCGCCGGGGCAGUCAUCUACGACCCCACCAUCCACUUCAUGGUCGUCUACCACCUCAACGCAGACGGAUCGUGGAAGGAUCUCAGCGGCAUCUCAGCCUUCAUCGCUCACCUCACCUACCUCGUCCGAAUCACCAUCGCGUCCAAGAUCGUGACGGAGAUGGACGACGUCCCUGACGACACGCUUACGGUUCACGAGGCUGCGAUACGCCGCACCAACAGCCAGUGGGAGUGCUACCUUCGCAACGCCUCCUACCUCAGCGAAGGUGAACCGUUCACCCUCGCCACGGCCCGCGCAAUCACCCACCUCGCAUCCACCGUCAUCAAGAACACGGCCAAACUCCCCAACAUCAUAUGGCCCAGCCUCACCGAUCGCCUUUCGCUCAAGAUAGAGGGUCAACACCUCAGCCUCGUCGAGAUCAGGCGCGCCCUGAAGGAGCUCACCGAAAACGCCGUCAAAGUCCUCCACGAUCGACUUCUGUUCGGCCUCGUCAAGCUCCGCGUCGAAUACGACUCCAUCGCGGACAACCUGUCCAACACCACCAACGGCUACUGGUUCGGCGACCAUCCAGCCAACCCCCCCGAGUUUCGCGACCCCAAGCGGUUGCUCAGGGCGGUGCUCAAGCAUCCCCAGCUCAAGAACCGCUUCAUCUUCUCUUGCAACCCAGACGGUGUCGCGAUCUGGGAUCAGAACUCGUGCAGGGCUUACAUACGCCACUACGUCCUUCUCAACCAGUUGUGCGUCAUCUACAUCACGUUCGCCGCAAGCGGGUCCCCUCGCAUCCCGGAACUCGCCCAUUGCCUCUACCGUAACACGUCCGGCGCCCACUCUCGCUGCAUCGUCGCCUACAACUCAGUCCUCCUGCUCGUAACGAGUUACGUGAAGCAGAGCGCCAACACCGGUCGGGACAAGCUCGUCGGCCGUCCUUUUUCCUCCGUCUGGGCCGACAUCAUGGUCCAGAACCUCAUAGUCAUCAGGCCCUUCGUUGAGCUCCUCAUCUCCGUCGUCUACCCGGGCGACGAUGAGCUUCGUCACCGUUACCACAACUACAUCUUCAUCAACCACUUGUCCGCCUUCACCGCCGACGACGUCACCGCGCUCCUUCGCCAACAUCUGUGGAAACACUCCCAGGCAAACUGUGGCGUCGCACAGACUCGUCAGGUCAACAGUGCCUUCCGUCGGCAUUGGUGCAAGAACUACGAGCCCGAUGAAUCCGCAGACGAGGAAGGGGAUCACAUCGACCUCAUGGCCCACACCAUGGGUCAUUCUCGCUGGGCAGAUCGCAACCGGUACGCCAUAAGCGCAUCGGGAAUGCUCUACAUGCCAGAGGAGGAGGUGCCAAAGAUGAUAGAGCAUGGAAUCGCGUGGCACAAGACCUUGGGGCUCCCACCCGCCGGUCAAUGGGUCAGAUCCAAUGAAUACCGUACCAUGCCCGACCUCAAUCCCGCCAUGCAACCCCCCUCCAGGCAACCGGAGCUCAAUCUGGACCUCCGACUUCUCAGCCAGACACUUCUCGUCGACCUCAUUCCUGCACUGACCACCACCAUCCAAUCCAUCGUAUCCGACACCCUCGCACCCAUCAUCGCCGCCAACCUGCGACAAGUCGACGCCACAGAGAUGCCCUCCCCUCUCCCUUCUCCCGAAACCCACUUCACUCAUGACGACGUCGACUCCAAUGCCCACGCAAGUCAAGCCGCUGAAGAUUCGGACCCCUCAGACCCAUCCCACGAAGGACAUGACGACACUGACGGCUCUCAGCCAGAUCUGGCGCAGGGCCUGUUCGAUGAACUUCAACCCGAGUUCCUCCAGGAAGCCAUGGAAGACGACCACACAUCCGAUUCGAGCUCCCACGUAGAGGUCUCUGAAGGAGGUGAAGACGAAGAAGACGAAGAAGACGCCGAUGACGACCCAUUGUCCGACGCCCCCCCUCCGGACCCUUCGACGCAAGCCCAUGCAAACGUUCUCCCGUCUGGUUCUUCCUCCACAGCUCCCCUCGAUGAUGCCACUCUCUCAGCGGACGAGGAAAUGGACAUGUUGUAUCAAGGAUCCCAAUAUGAUCCCUAUUUCGAACCCUCCCCAGAGCGAACCGCUCGAGCCCAACUUCCAGUCCUACAGAGUUCGACUGCCACCUCAAAACAGCGCCAACCCGUUCGUGAUGCAAACGCCCAUUCAAACGUUGAAGCCCCUCGCCCUCACAACCGGAUCAGGUCGCCGUUCACGCCAGCUGACACAGGCCAGAGCCACGAGAAUGCACCCAAACGCCCCGCGCUGGUAUAUUCUGUCCCGCUCAGCGGGAGGGUUCAACUACCGGCGCAGCAGCCCCACACGAAACAACGCCCGAUCCAGCCUCGAGACAUUCCCGACAUGUGCACCCGUUGGUUCCGUUCGAUGGUUAAAGACCCCAAGGCCAAAAUCCCGACCCAGGAACUAUUCGACAUCGUCCAGACUCUGCGCACGAACGUCCAAGACGCCAUCAUCUUGCUCACCACCGGUGGCGGGAAAAGCUUCAUCCCCAUUUUCCUAAGCAGGCUGGAGACCACCGCCACCCUCAUCAUUCUCCCUCUCCACUCGCUCAUCGAAGACUACCAGGAGAAGCUCACUCGUUUCCGCGUGGGCUUCACCACCUACUCCUCCCUCACCAAGGACAAACCCCUCGACUAUCAUCAGAGGCUCGUCAUCGUCUCCGCGGAUCAGUGUCGCACUCACGCUUUUCGCAAGGCGAUAUCCAAGUACGAAGAGUAUGUCCCGGUGCUCCGGAUCUGCUUCGAUGAGGCCCAUCGUGUCCUCCUCGACGAACACUUCCGUCCAGCGCUUCGCAGGAUGUACAGUCUCAGGUGGCGCGAGGACCAGACCAUCAUGCUCUUGAGCGGCUCCACGCCCCCAGAGAUGGUCCCUUUGCUCGCCGCUGCGUUCGGUCUCACGGAUUCGCCUUACAUCUGGCGCACUUCCGCCGACAACCCCCGCCUCUCCCUGAACACCCAUCACGUCGCCAACUUUCAUGAAGCCAUCCAACUCGCUCCGCGGCUCAUGCAGCGCUCCAUCACCUCCAUACCGGCACCCAAGCGACCCCAAUCGCUCCACGUCUGCUUCGUCAGGACGAUCCAAGAAGGACGCGAGUUUGCCAGGGUCCUCAACGCACACUUCUACUACUCUGGAAAGGUCGCAAACCAGGCCGCGUACGAGGAAGCCCUCAUCGAACGCCUCAAGAUACUCAAUCUCUGGAAAUCCAUACUGGACAUUUGCAACAUCCUAGUCGCCACCGGAGCGUAUGGGGAAGGAAACGACAACAGCAGCCUCGUCACCGUCCUCCACGGCACCCUACCUGACGGCUUCAUCGCGUAUCACCAACAGACGAAUCGCGGGGGCAGAAGGGACGAUCUCGUCGCUCGCUGUGACAUGAUCACCAUCCAGUCUCAAGAGAACGGUUCUCGCCUGAAACCAGGUCAAGGCGACCUUCAGGGAUACCGACCCCUCCACGAUGCCGCGCAUCGGCACAAAGAGGCCUGCCUCCGCUUCGCCGUCACCUUUUACAUCGACGGUCAAGGCGUUCUGUGCACCGAAGCGCAUGAGAAGUGCAGCCGAUGCAAAAUUGCGGACCAGAAUGGGCUCACAGGUCAACGCCGAGUCGCCCUCCUCACCAACAUCACCGUCUUCGACCUUCGAGGCGAUGUUAGCCCGCUCACGCCCGAACAGUACCGUCUUCAGGCCAAGUUCCCGAUAGACAGCUACCAAGGCCGCAUGAUUUCCACACCUCAAGAAGCCCUCCUCGCCAACCUCCAACGUCUUCAUGCAGCCGAGGAGAAAGAUCGUGAACGUUGGAACCGGAUUCAAGCGUGCAUGGACGCCCUUCGCACCCGAUGCGUCAUCUGCACCCUUCACCAUCGUCCUCCUCGGUAUCAACCCCAACACGCCCGCCACGAAUUAUUCCUCACCUGCCCCCUCAUGAAUGACUCCGCAACUCCGCACCUCCGCACCUCCAAUUUCCUCAAUUGGAAGAGCAAACCGAAACCUCUCAGCUACGACUUCGCCGGGCCACACAAAGGCAUAUGCUGGAAGUGCCACCUCCCGUCCGGGCAGAAGCAUCUCCACCCAGGAGACGUCCAGAUAGGUUGCGAAAAAUCGUAUCUCGACGUCCUCCUGCCCAUGGCGUGGGCCGUAUACCAGAUGCAGGACUUGCGGGAGCGAUGGGCCCAUCGAUGUGGCCUGAGCAGCGCCUGGGCGACAGCGGUCGAAUAUCGAAACUUCCUGGUGACUUUCACCAAUGUGGACGAUCAGUGCGAAAGUUGGAUUCUCGAGCUCCUGCUGUGGAUUUUUGAAGAGGGUAUUAUAGAGUAG